UGGAUCAGCAAUAGCAGCAUCACCAUCGAGUGGAAUUGAAAGAUAGGACGAUACACACUCACACGGCACAAUAGCUGCUCCAUAAAACUUUAGCCGCUACCUCUCUCUCUAGUCGACAGACAAUUGCUGUGAAAGCAAUAAAAGUGAUUCAAUUUUCUGUGGUCAGGUUGGAGGAUAGCACAAACAAACAAGAACAACAACAGCAACAACAACAAUAGUUCAUGUUAACAUCGACGUUAACAAAGGUAUAAACAGCAACAACAACAAUAACAACAACUAUAGAUACAGCUUCUGGCCACGUAUCAUCCGCAGCGCCAGCAUCAGUAUUGGUAUCCACUCAAAGCAUGACAACAAGAAUCAUGAGCAAAAGUAUUUCAUCGGCAGGUGCUGGUGGUAGUGGCCUAGGUGGAAUUCCUUCAAACUCUCGGGCACCACCAACUGCAACCACAACAACAACGGUAGCAGCAGCGACCUCAGCAACAACUUCAACGACCACAAUUACCUCAGAUCCGGGCAUUUUAUGCUUCCAUCAUUGCAAUGUGAAAGUUUUCUGUUUUACCUUGCCACACAUUUGUCCACAAUGUAAAACGGCACUGGACACACAUCCCAGCAGUGGCCUAACAAACAAACGGCACAAGUCCAAGAAACGGACUUCAGCUACAAAUAAUGCCCAAACGGCCACCACCACCAAAGGACAUUAUGGCCACCGUCAUGGCCAUGAUGUUAAUAAUGCCAAUAAACGUGAUAAUCAUGAUGAUGAUGAUGAUGAUCAAUGGCACAAUGGAAAUGACCAACAACAUCAGGCCACAAUGGAUCAGGACAAUGAUGAUAAGGAUGACGAUGAAGAUGACAAUGACAGCGAUGACGAGGAGAAUUCAAAUGAUUCGAUUUGUCGUAUUAUGGACAGCCGCCUCUUGCCAUUUCGUUUGCCUUAUCCAUUUGUUCGGGCCAAUCAAUAUCCUUGUGCUAUAGUCUUACGUCCCACCACAGGUGAUUUUCUCAAUGAUUAUAAUAAUACCACGGAUUUGCAUAUUGCUGUGACAACAUCAACCGGCUGCGUUGUGGAAUUUGAUCGACAUGGCUUACGACGCCAUCGCACGGCCAAUAUGUCAGAUUGGUGGCAAUGUCUAUUGGUGGGCGAUGUACCAGAGCCCUGGUACGAUUAUUGGGAUCAAGUUUUAUUUGAGGUAUGCCAGCAGCCGGACAAGUGGACAGUGUCACAUUAUCACGAGGAUAAGCACAAUUGCUACACUUUUGUGUUGACCUUCCUGCAAGCUCUGACAUACGAUAAGUUAAGCGAAGCGGCCAGCAGUAAAACGACAUUCUGUGAAAAGUAUAUAGUUCCUAGGACCACAACAGCUGGCAAGUAUAUUUCAUUGUACCGGAAGUUGCGUGAUACCGGUAUUUAUGUGCAUCACACCAAUCACAAUAAGUUGCGUUAUGGCGGUGGCGGUGGUGGUGGUGCUGGUGCUGGUGUUGGCAGUAGCAGCAGCCGAAGUAAAAUGGGAAAGCAUCAUCAACAACACUACCAGCAGCAAGAGCAUAAAUUUAACAAUUCUGGAAUUACAAGCAGCCAAAUAGCAACGCCAACAACAACAAAGAGUUCCAUGCUUUCCUCGUCGAAACACCAAAUGCAACAACAGCAGCAGCAUCAACAACAUCCAACUCAGAAUCAAAAUCACCAACAGCAACAGCAGCAUCAGCACCAUCACAACAGUAUUAUAUCACGCCCGCAUUCUAAACUCUGCACAAUUGAAGAAUAAAGAGACCCCCGGCUUAGAGCAUUAACUCGGGUUGCAGGCAUUCGUUAUAGCA